CAAGCACAGUAAAUACAGAAAUUUGUUUUGUCAUUAAUUAUGGAAAAUAAGUAAAAGUGUGCCCUGUGUUCAUAAAUCUUAAUUACUUGUUCGUUAUAAAAACAAAAUAAAUAGUAGGAGUGACUUCCCAUUUUCGGGGAGGAAAUAUUAUUCCAAAUUAAAUCUAUAAUUUGAGGUUAUGUCCCAACCUGCAGCACCGAAGACUCCAGGGAAGAGUUGGCGUGAGAUAAAUCAAGAGCGGAAGGCUUUAAAGCGACAGCGCAAUGAAGAGAAAAUAAUAAAACGCGAAAAAAGAAAAGCUAUUGAAAAAGAGGUUGAGAUUAAAAUUCAGGAAGAGGUUGAGCAGGAGAAGAAAUUGUUAGAUAUUUCCACAAUAAGUAUAGCGGUGCCAGGUUCCAUAUUGGAAAAUGCUCAGUCAGCUGAGUUGCGUACUUAUCUUGCUGGUCAAAUCGCGCGAGCUGCUUGCGUGUUCUGUGUAGAUGAAGUUAUUGUGUACGAUGAUAUUGGAGAUAAACUUGACACGAAAAAGUCUAAGGUAGAAGACGCAGAUGGUGUUAGAGUGGCGCGAAAGAGCUGUGUCCAGCUUGCACGGAUAUUGCAGUACUUGGAAUGCCCCCAGUACUUGAGGAAGCAUUUCUUUCCCCUGCACAAAGACUUGGAGUUUGCAGGCUUAUUGAAUCCUUUGGAUGCUCCUCAUCACUUACGUUCGUCUAACAACUUUAAGUUUAGAGAAGGAAUAACAAUGAACAAGAAGGUAAAACCAGGUCGGGGCUCACAAGUGAAUGUUGGCUUGCUGCAAGAUGUAUCCACUGACAAGUUGUUGAACCCCGGGAUUCGGGUCACUGUACGAAUGCUCCCCACACCAGAAGGAAGUAAAAAGUUAAAAGGGAAAAUUGUUGGCCUUACUACACCAAGGGCAGAAACCGGAGUAUAUUGGGGUUAUACAGUCAGGAUCGCAAAUAAUCUUAGCCAAGUCUUUACACAAUCACCUUACAAAGAUGGUUAUGACUUGACAGUCGGUACUUCUGAUAGAGGUACACCUAUAGAUGAUUUACCACACAAGGAACUCUCAUACAACCAUGCCCUCAUUGUAUUUGGAGGUCUUCAUGGCAUAGAAGCAGCUCUUGAAAGUGACGAGCAAUUGCAAGUUGGCGAAGCAAGUCUCUUGUUCAACCAUUAUGUCAAUGUGCUACCUAACCAAGGGUCAAGAACAAUUCGUACUGAAGAAGCUAUACUGGUUGCCCUUACUGGACUGAGGCCUAAGCUGAAAGCACAAAACGAACCUAUGGUGUUUAAAGAAACUGGAAUUGCCACAAGCUCUAUAUUCCCAAAUGACGUGAAAAAACCUGAAACUACUGACAACUCUGGAGGUGAAACUAAUUUAGAUUUAAGUAGAUUUGAUUAAAACUAAUCAUAUCUUAACAA